AUGCCAUUUUCUCGCAAGAAGUCUUGUAAUCGCUGCCGAGUAUCCAAGCUAAGCUGCGAUAGAUCCUUGCCCGCCUGCGGUCGAUGCGCUAGGAAGGACGCGCAGUGCAUUUACGAUGGCCGCGACUCCAACCUUUUGAUGCCGUACCCCAGAUCGGCAGCGAUUUCAAGCGGGCAGAGUAGACAAGAACUUUCACAUGUCUUAGCUGAUAUCGGAAAUACCUCUUCCACUCUCCCAUAUCAAGACCUGUAUAUUGAUCAUUUCGAUUCGGGUACGGGGGACACGCUUAGUUGGGAACUCGCCGUCGAUGAGCCCGAAUUGUUUGAUUUUCCUCCGACAAAUUUAUCGAGUCCAAAUUCUAGCCUCGCUCGGGCAGACUCUGGGCAAUUCGCUCACCCCUUUUCUGUUGGCGAAACACAAUCACCGCCUGACGAUAGCUCUCCAAGCACGGGUGCAUCACCACUUAGCCCUGCUCUUGCAGACACCUCACAAUGUUGCCAAGAUACUCAGCUUAUACCGUCAGGUCAUGCCUCGAAACGCGUAUGCCUCAAAAGAAGACGAAUCCUCACGGACUGUGUUCUAAGUGCUGUCGUAAUGGGCCAGCUGACUAGUUUCCCUAAAAUGAUGACCAGAGGCGAUCGGCUCCCGCCUUUUAUCAAGCCUCCCUGCCAUCUAAACGAGGAGCUGGCUCCCGAAUGUGCGGCUCGUGGAGGCCAUCAGUGCCUUCCCAAAAACCUCGCUAUCUGUGCAGGUUUAGUAGAAAUGUUUCAGACAUGUACGAUGGCGAAUAAAUCGUAUGUCUGGGACAUGAUCUAUAUGGAGGCAAGGAGGCUACGGAAAGAGGCUUAUCAUGGAGAUGCUCAGGGAAAGCUUGAAGCCGUUCAAUGCCUAACGAUAUUUCUUCUUCUGCAGGCAGAUGAUCCAGAAACAGUCGAGACAAAUGACGUAGCCUACCUACUCGCGACCUCAGUGCCUCUUACCGUAUUCCAACUGGAACUCCGAAUCAUCAAAACUACGGCCAAGUCAGGACGAAUGGGUAUUCCGGGAAUCUAUCAGAAGUGCAGGAUCAUGGCUGUUUAUGGGGCCAUCGAUCUGUUCCUCGAUGGGAUUGGCCGCCCCGGAAACGAUGAACCGUAUUACUGUGGCACCCUAAGUUUACUGCCCCUUCCAUGCGUGCGGGAUGUUUGGGAAGCACCUACUAUCAGCGGGUGGAUAAGAGAAUACGAUCGGUAUCUCUCUACCAAGGAAAGUGACGCAAUGCUCAUAACACAGAGCCUAAUGGAAACGAGGCUCGUGGCACCUUUUGUGAGCGCCGAAAAGGGCGACCCAAGCGACGAUAUCAUGCAGUGGUGCAGAGGUAUGGAUGCAUUGGGUACAAUAAUUUGGAUGAUUAUCCCUUUGCACAAGUACCGUCUUCGAGAAGAUGUGCGGGACAACUGGUAG